UAGAUUGUCUUUCUCCAUUGAGAUCAUGAGGUCAACAGUACGUGACAACGGGGCGGUGCGGUUCGUGCAUGUAUAUGUAUCUCCUUCGCAUAUCAAUUACGUGCUGAGGUCAAGCUGGAACCUCCACGGACCGAUUGUCGAACCUGUACUUUUAACCGAAAACAAAUAAAGAUUCGCGGCUUUUCAUCGCGAGAGAAGCAUUACAGAAGUCGCCCACUAUGAUGUCCACGGCGAAUGAGCCCAGCCUUCACCUUCUCCGUGUUAUGUUGGUCUUGUGGCUGUCAUGGGUUAUCUCUAUCAUCGCUGCCCAAAGCGCAUCGCCCAAGCUUAUGUGGUGUGCGAGUCCGCUAACUCCGGCAGUAAUAGAGUCGCCUAUUGACAAGUGGGUGGACGUCCCAGACACGAGUGUUGCCAUGGAGCUACAGAACGAAGCUGUCGUGAUGGUCUCGUACGACGUGUCGGUCUCCCACGUCACAGAUAUGCAGUCUGAAGGUGUCCCGGUAACAGAACUGAGCGAACUGUCCUUCCGGAUAGCAGUAGACAACACUCCGUACCGUCAAUCAGCAACAACAGUUGACGACCGAGAGCCAUUGGUCGUAGUAGCAAGUGGGUUCUUGGUACUCGAAAUCCCGCACGGGCACCAUAAUGUCAAGCUGCAAUGGCGGAAGCGCGGCACGCACGUACUCAAGUGGGCGGUAAGUAGCGACAUCCUGGAUGGGUUUGCAGGCGGACGAAGUCUCACCGUGUCGGCGCAACAUCGAUUCAUCUGGUACAAGCAGCCGAUCACCGCAGUCUCCCUUCUGUCUGUAAAUAAGUGGGAGGCGGUGCCCGGCAUGGCUAUUAACUUCCGCUUGUCGGAACCGGCCACGUUUCGGUUCUUCUAUCAGUUGCCUGUCCGCCCUGAACUGGUGCAAUACUCUCGUGAUACAGCAGCGUACGAUGAGAUUGAGUCGGCUCUCGAGAUAAAUGGACUUCGCUAUCGAGAAACAGGGUCGUACGGAAUUAUGGAGGGGUCUAGAAAGUCGACAGUACUUCUUCAAGGUAGUAUUAUCAUGGACCUGUUACCAGGGGAGUACAGCGCUGUGCUGUACUGGAAGUCGCUGCUAGGCUCGAGUCGUCCCUGGUAUUCGUCUCCAAAUGCCUUGGACGGGUUUGCUAUGGGGCGAGUGCUGGCCGCAGUAGGAGACCGGAGCAUGGACUCGAUGUCUGUGUACCAUUUGGAACAAUUUAAGCCGACAUCAGUGGGGGAAUGGUCGGACGUAGGAGACUCUGUGCUGCAGUUUACGCUGCCAAAAGCAACGCAAGUCUCGUUGAGCUACAAUUUACCUCUUUCACAGAGUGACAAUCCGCAGUUUAGCAGCUGGACCGAAGAUUCGUGGGAUCGCGUUCAAACUCGGUUAGUUAUUGAUGGAGUCGCAUACAGGCAUAUGUCGUCUCUGGUAGACGGAAAUGUCCGUGGAAUAAAAAAUGCAAGGGCAAGCAUGGUGCUACCCCUCGCUGCCGGUACCCAUACAGCCAGAUUGCAGUGGAAAAAUGUUGAUGGCAAUCAGUGGCGAGCAGUAUCAUUCAUCACAGACCAAAUUUCUUCGUACGCAUCCAUAUUUAUCAGCGUGAACACUUGGGAUAACGAUCCCAGGAUUGUCGCGCCAGCUCUUGUGUCAGGAGAGGAAGACAAGACCGUGGAAAUUGUAGAUAUUUCUAUCAGCGAUACGGAUAGUGAAAUGGCACUUGACUAUGAGGUGACAGUCACAAUGUCGGUGGAAUUUGGUGUACUAUCGCUAGAUCCGACACCAGGAAUCGCGUUUGCUUCAGGUAACGGAGAUCGUAACGAAUACUUGCUGUUCAGUGGGGCACUAAGUAGCGUCAACUCAUUUUUAUCUCGGGUGUGGUACCGAAGCUAUUUGAACUGGUACGGCGAGGAUGAGCUCCAUAUAAAGGUCGUGGAUCAAGGUGUGACAGGAUUCACGGCUGCGAGUACAGAUGAAAUUUAUGUUGUGAUACGCAUAGCGUCUGUCAACGAUCCACCACAGCUCAUUGUUCCGAGUACUCAGUUCUUGCUUGAAGACCAACAGAUCAGUAUAUUUGGCGUCAGGGUGCAUGAUGUUGACCCUGGCUUCGCUCGCAGCAACUCGACGUUUGAAAUGCAGCUAUUUGUACUGAGUGGUGUAAUCUCUCUCGGUUCCACCAGCGGAGUGGAAUUUAUUGAGGGUGAUGGAAAAGCAGAUCAGCUGCUUCGUUUCCGUGGUGAUCUACGCGCUGUCAAUUCAGCAUUAUUUGAGAUUAAGUAUCGACCUGACAAAGAUUUCAACUCGAUGCAGCACGCGGAACGGCUCGGAAUACUCGUGCGAGAUCUCAAUUACUUGGAUAACACCAUUACCGAUGCGUCUAGGAGCAUUUUGAUUGAGGUUCAGAGCUCUGACGAUCCGACUCAGGUAGUGCCAUUAGAGUUGUCUACAAUCACAUUUCGUGGAUAUGCCGUGAAGUUACUAGGAGAAACAACAGGCAACGAGCUGGUAUAUGUGCAAUUAUUCGCAAUGACGCCUGUCGGAGAAAUCCAGCUCUCAAGACCAAGCAGCGCAUAUCCUGCAGGUGUAACAAAAUUCCCCUCUAAAGAUGAACCAUCGAGCUCGAUAAAUUUAAGUGGUGCCGUGGCGGACGUUAGUGACAUCCUGCAAUCGGUUAAAUUCAGUCGAACUCCGUCAUUUUACGGAUACGAGAUCAUAUUCAUCCGGUUAAGCGCUACUCCGGAUUUUUCGAUCGUGGAAGACUCGACAAUCCAGAUGAACCUGCUCAGCAAUAGUUCGAACGAGCUUUGGUCAAUUGCUAAUGCAGCUCCAUCUCACGGGAAAAACGAAGGAGGGACUACUGUCUCAGUGACGGGAAAAGGCUUCCAGAGAUGGCCCGAUGAAGCGCUUUGGUGUCGAUUUGGCAGGAGUCCGCUCGUACAAGCCACUGUGAAAUCUGAUACACUUCUGACGUGUGUGACGCCUCCAGCGAGCGCUGAUCUUCCCAAUCGAACAUUUGUGAUGGUGACCAACAACAAUGACUAUUACUCGAAUCCUAUUCCGUUUCUGUACGAAGAAACUUGGACGAUUGCCUCUGCAUCACCAUCAGGAGGGCCACGGACUGGAGGGACUACAGUGUUGAUUAAAGGAAACAAUUUCCCUCGGAAUACUGCAUUGCAGUGUGCGUUCGGGAAAAAUUUGUCUCCAGCACUGUACUUAUCACCGUCCACAGUCUCAUGCAAGACGCCAAUGGUGGACAAAGGAACAACGGACGUAGAAUUUCGGUUAACAUCCAACGGCCAAGAGUUUUCGCAGUCGGUGUUGUUCAGUUAUCGAGAUUCACCGGAAAUCUAUUCCAUCAAUCCUCCGUACGGAAGUUCGAGUGGAGGGGAUAUUAUUGCUGUUACAGGAGCCAACUUUUUCUUGGAUUUACAAGCCAACUGCGUAUUCAAUGGGAGUAUUGUCACGGCGGCAUCUUUCAAGUCCUCCGGCGUGAUCCUGUGCCUGUCUCCUGCCGUGACAACUCUCACACUGGAAGGUUUGACCGUAAGCCUUGCUGUAGUACUUGAAGGAAGUUCGUAUGAGGCACCUGACAACUUCAGCAUUUACGCCCCACCCAUCGUGUCCAGUGUAUACCCCGCAUUCAUUAUGAGGAGUAGUGACAUUCUGACAGUGAAUGGGUCUCAUUAUCAGAACAUAAGUUCACUUUCGUGCCAUUUCACUAAUGGAGCGGCAAGUACCGCCGUUCCAGCAACUUUUGUGAGUUCCUCUGUCGUUCGAUGUCGCGUUCCUGUUAUUCCGAAACCUGGUGCUUGGAUUGGACUUGAUGUAUCGCUCAGUCAGGCGGGCCAUAUAUCGGAUGGACCUCUUAAGUUCCCGUAUCUGCUUCGCUACGCUCCACUUCCGUCAAUAACACCAACAGAUCCACUCGUUCUGUUACGGAUAGGGAAUCCACCUAUUACAAUCGAAGGCCAUGGAAUGAUGAAUUUGCACAAGCUUCGGUGCAAUUUUGCGGGUGCAGGGUGGACUUGGUUGACACUGAGAUCACCCACUUUUGGCGAAUGUGUUGUUCCGUUCGUGUUGGCUAAUGAUUCAUUUUCGCACCAAGUUUUGCAAGUGGAAAGUGUUCUAUCAUCGAAAACAAGUGUUUUGGCUGUGUUUGAACUCAUGGCUACAGAGCCCAUCGAGGUUCUGAUUGUGACGCCGUCUGUGGGCUUGAUAACUGGAGAGACAGAAGUGACGGUUGUCACUGAUAGUACUCGUUUGUUGGACGUGCUGGGGUUCGCUGAAUUAAACUGCUACUUUGGAGGAACCAACGUACCCGCGUCUGUUUUAAACAGCACUACUCUGUCGUGCCGCAGUCCAGCAACAUAUAAACCCCUUACAGUGCCUGUGGGAAUUCAGAUUGGGAAAACCAGAAUUCACUCGGUUCACAGCACAACAUCGUUUACAUUCGUUACUCCCAUCGGAAUCGAUGACGUUACACCAUCACGCGUUAGCAGUUCAGGUGGAGUCAAAGUGCGUGUGACCACAAGCGAUCACGUUAUGGGAGGCCUAAGUUGCUUAUUUGGCUCAACAAUUGUUCCAGCUGAGAUUAUUUCAGAGCAUUCCAUUGCUUGUGUAUCUCCACCGCACACGCAAAAUAUUGUUUCACUCCGUAUAGUAAAUGACCAAGGCCUUGUCAUGUCUGAAAAUGCGGUAAUGGUUGAAGUGCAUUCGUACUCAGAUGCAAUUUCAGUUUCUCCAUCGAAUGGGAUCGUGUUUCGAAAUACAACGAUUGGGAUCGAGAUGGAUAGGCUCUUCUCUGCUGGAAAUGUGGAGUGUACGUUCCGAAGUGGGAAUAAACCAUCUUCGGCUAAUACUGCUGCUUUGAUUACGUCUCUUACGGCAGCAGGAUGCAGUAUCCCACCCGGCGUAUUCACGCCACCAGACAGAUUACUUUUCUCUGUUGCUAUCGACAACUUCACUGUGGUAGAUCAAAUGGAGCUGUAUUUUGUCCCUGAUUUGGUGGUGAAAUCAAUCUUCUCUACCAUUGGAAUAGUUGGGACACGUAACCUGGUUCGAGUGGAGUUGGAGCCUGUAGGCACCGUAUCAACAAAUUAUCUGUGUGCCUUCGGAGGAAGUAUGACUGCCGGCAAAAUCAAAAGAUCAGCUAGUGGAUUAGUCGUCGAAUGUCUGUCGCCAGUUUCCAAUUUCACGAUGGAAGCUCCAAUUACUAUCUCCGCAAAUGGAGUUGAUUCUUUUGCAUCGGCGUACAGUGAUGAGCAAAUAUUUCGAUAUGUACGAAUGCCCUCGAUAUACUCUUUCUGGCCGCAUAUGGGAUCUACCAGGGGUGGUACUAUGAUCCUAAUAAAAGGCGACGACUUUAGUGAGCAAAUGAAGUUUGCAUGCAUCUUCAACGGUGACAUCGUGGUAGUAGCGGAGUGGCAAAACAGUACCCACAUAGCGUGUAUCACACCUCCAGAUGCACACGAACAAGGAUUUACAAGCUUAACUAUGGCGGAUGUCAACGACAACUUUCGAGUCCAUAUGCAGCGGAAGUUUCAAUACGCACAAGAUAUUCAGAUAACAGCGUUGUCUCCACAGACGAUUCCGAGAAAUUUCAAAGGAGUGAUACGUGUGUUUGGAGAUCAUUUUCCGCCAUCUUCAUUCUGGCAGUGUCGUGUAAAAAACGCUGUUGCAGAGGCGGGUAUUUGGGUGUCCCCAACCGAAGUGCUAUGCCCUAUCUCUCCGCAUCUACUUGGUGAAACCCAAAACGCUACAAUUUCAAUAAGUCUUAAUGGACAAGAGUGGAGCGUGGCACUACCAUUAGGGAUUGCUCGUAACUUCACGGUGCAUUCUAUAGCACCAAAUCUUGUCUCGUGUGGGAGAAUGGAGAAGCUACAUGUAUCGGGUACCGGGUUUUCGAAUGACUCGAGAAUGGCAUGCUUCUUCAAUCAGACAGCAGUACCGGCAUCAUUUAUAAGUGACACAGAGAUAACAUGCCACCCGCCAUUUAUCGCGAAUACGACAACACUAGAUGUCACUGUGUCUGGAUAUGACGGAUUAGUUGCGGACGGAACUCUCCUCGUUUCGUGUCUAAGUAGGCCAAUGAUUGAGCGUGCCCAACCUAACAGUGCUAGCUCAGCUGGCGGGACCUUAGUUACCGUCGUUACACGUGAUCCGAUGGAUGCUCAAAACGUGGAAGGAUUUCGAUGCUGCUAUGGUGAGCACAUAUGUUCGUCUGGAGUGAUUGUAAAUGCCUCAGUGUUACAAUGUAUUACGCCUGCUGUGGAACUGGGACCGAGCACGUUGAAAAUCGUACUAGGGACAAGUGAUAUCGGCCUAGUUAACUCGACCGAGGCGGCUUUCCGAUUCGUGCCGAAUCCCCGUAUAUCCAACGUCCUCCCGCCGCAGGUGUUACUAUCGCUGAAUUUCACCCUCUCUCUGUAUGGUGACUAUUUCGUGAAUUCUGACGAAUUGGCAUGUAUUUUGCGCAUUGAUGACGGUGAUCUUCGGUUACCUGCCCAGUGGCUGUCAAAAGAUCUGGUUACUUGCUCACAACCUUAUGAGAUGAUGGAGAAUUUCGUCGCUAAUUCAGUUUACGCACAAGUGCUACUUACACUCAAUGGCUACGACAUGAUCGAGACUGGAUUUAAUGUCACUUUGCUGCGUCCACCUGAAGUACGAGAAAUUGCACCAUUGCCACCCACUGCUGACGUGGACUCCCACCAAUCACUAGCAUUAAUCGGCCUCAAUUUUGACAGUAGCUUGGAUCUUAUCUGCGAGUUUGAGUCUCGUGACAAGUCUGUGGCAACACCGGUACAAGUUGUGAACUCAACGCUGCUGACUUGUGCAUUGCCACCAUGGAACAUGGGUAGUGAACUUACACGAGUUAGUUUGUGGUCACCAAACAGUGGAAAACUCAGUGAAAGCGGAGAUGUUUUAGUCAAAGGCAAUACUAGUAAUGGAGACACUUGGUGGCGACUACAUCCAAGCACUGGUUCAACGCAAGGUGGGGAUAUUGUGCAGCUUGAAAUGAUCGGAUUCAAUGUUGAUCCCUCGAACUGGAAAUGCUGUUUCAAUGAGCUGUGGUGUACACGGGUAUACCAAGCACGCAAGGGAGCGCCCUGGACAGUAACCUUACCAUUUGUGAAUGCGACAGGACUAGCGUCGGUCUCAUUGAAGGCAGAGAACGAAGACGCAGUUAUCGAGCAACAAUCGUGGUUUCUUUUCGUUGAUCCUCCGAAGGUGUGGACAAUAUAUCCUACCACUGGAAGCCGUAUCGGUGGUGACGUUGUCUCAGUACAGGGAGAGAACUUUUUACUUACGUCAAACUUGCGAUGCAGGUUUGGAAAUCUCUCCGUGACCCCGCUGUCAGUGUUUGAUAACCGGUUACUGUGCACCACUCCAACUCAUAUCGGUAAUUCUCUCACAAACCAGCGAGUAGGAUUUGAUCUCAUAUACUCGGAUGGAAACGCGACUGAGAGAAUAGCACAGAACCGUGGGAUGUUCCAGUUCGAGUAUGUUGCUAUCCCUGAUAUUGUCAGUGUAUUUGCGAGUUACAGUAGCGAUGAUGAAACAAUUAUACGCUUGGCAAUUAGUGGGUCUUACUUUGCUAGCGAGGAGACAUUGGCGUGCCGAAUUGGAUUUGAAGUGGUAGCUGCACGGAUGCUGGAAGAGGACAAAAUUAUUUGCUUUUCGUAUCAAACUCGUAUUCAACAAGAGCUGAAUGUAUCAGUUUCGAAUGAUGGUGUUCACUUUUCAGCAGAAACCUCCGUGCUGUUAGAAGCAACACACCCACUCCAUGUUUCUCGAUUGUCACCAACGUGUGGAUCUGUCGGAGAAAAGACGACUGUCUUGGUGUUCGGAGACAGUUUUAUAGAUGGACCUUACGAUUGUAUUUUUGGUUGGGAUGAUUGGCAACACCGUGUUGAAGGAAGAAUUAUUAACCAAUCCUGUAUGAAUUGUGAGGCACCUCAGUGGGCUUUAGAUAAUCCAAGAGAGCUACCCAUUUCGCUUCAUUCGAGGUCCAGUAUGAAGCGGAGUAACACACUUCUCUAUCGAUAUAUUCCAGAUGUUAUUAUUUCUUCGGUUGAACCGGUUCGUGGCGUUGUUGGUAUAUCUACCAGCUUUUCAAUCAGAGGGGGGCCAUUCGUGUACAGCAAUGAAACCAACUGUGUUUUGCUUCCGGCUCGUUCGAAUGAAUCUAGAAUUGUUUUCAGCGCAACAUGGAAAUCUCUUUAUGAAAGCGUGUGUACCAUCCCGUACGCUAUUUCAGCUGGAUACUAUAAGCUUGGAAUUACUCAAAACGGGGUGAGUACAGUCUUCGCUGACGAAGGUAUUGAAUUAGUCGCCCUACCCUUUGUCACACUGGCUACUCCUACCCGAGGUUCAUUGGAGGGGAGCACGACAAUUAAAUUCAAAGGCCACCACUUCAGUCCAGAUAUGUCCUGCUGUUUUGACGCUACCUGCGUUCAACUCGAAGUGUUUAACGAAUCGAGUGCGAUAUGUCGAACCCCACCUUAUCCUCCAGGGCAGGUUUCGGUCGCAAUAUUUUCUGAAGUGAUAGGACGGAUAUUAACUGGAGUCGUAUUCGAGGUUCUUGAAACAGCGCGAAUCAAUUCGCUCGCCCCUCCAGUCAUUGUAGUUGGCACCAGCCAGCCGAAAUCUAUCGUGGUGAAUGGGGCAAAUUUCUUCUCCGACUUGGUGCUUGGCUGCUAUAUUGGAGAUCUCACAAGUACUCCGUUACCUGUCGUUGCACAAAGCAGUACAAGUGUCACGUGUGCUGUCCCCAUCAUACCGAAGAGAAUGUAUUCAACAAUAGUUGAAUUGAAAAUUGUGGCUUUGACCAAUAACUCAGCUACAACGAUUGCUAGAGCUUACGUUGAGUUACUCGAAUUGUCCGUGAUCUCGAUGAUACUACCGCAAGUAUCAAUACCCAUGGCAAACACGGUGUUCGAAAUUCAAGGCACAUUUAAGUUUGCAUCGGAGCUGGCGAAGUGCAGUUUCCACUGCGAAAGUGGUGGUCAUAAAACUGUUCAGAUAGGAGCGAUCGCCUUCUCAACCGGCACUAUCGCCCAGUGCAAGUUGUCUACUCCUCUUCCUGUCGGGUUUUGCCACGUCACUCUAUCUCAGAAUGGCGUGCGAGUCUCGAGGAACAGCUUCCAGAUAUUGGUUCAUAGCCCGGUGCUUAUCUCUCGUGUUACACCCUCCACGAGUACGACAGUUGGAGGAACUCUUGUCACAAUUGAAGGAUCUGGUUUCCCAGCCAACAUUCAACCACUGUGUCAUUUUGGUAAUUUGAAUAUUGUAAAAGCGACGGCGGUAUCAAGCAACAGAUUAACUUGCACAACUCCAGCAAUGAGAAUGCCAAACAACACCGCAAUCGUGGAUAUGUGGAUUACAUUCGGUGGGAUUGAGUCGCUGAUACAGCCGUUCAAGUUCUCUGCUCCGAUUUCCAUCGUUACAGCAAAUCCAUCAUUUGGUCCUGCGGACGGGGGAACACGAGUAAAGAUCGAAGGCAUUAAUAUUUUUCCGGAGGUCGAUAUCAAAUGCUUGUUUGAUGGAAAUAUAACUGUGGUACCCAGAACGAUUAAUCAAGGAAGAGUAUUGUGUACUACGCCAUCGAUAGCAGCUGGAUUACACACGUUGGAGCUCAUUGUCGAAGGUGGUAGCAAAAUUUCUAGCAACUUCGUGCACUUUGAAGCUAUUCCACGCGAACAAGUGUUUCAGAUUCACCCUUCUCGAGGUAUUCAAACCGAAACUACCGAGAGAAAAAUUCGUGUAAUCGGCGACAAUUUCGUUGAUUCGAUGACUUUAACAUGCGUUUUUGACGAUGCCAAAGCACCUGCAACGGAUUUCAUAUCGUCAUCGGAACUUGAGUGUGUUGUACCGUUCACAAAAUUGGGAAUGAAAGUAGUGCGGGUAUCAAAUAAUGGCGUCGACUUUUCAAAAUCAUCGGCAGUGUACGAGGUGCUGUCUAGGAUGUCAAUUGCCACUGUUUCACCCCAUCAAGGAUCGUUCUUAGGCGGUACAAUCGUGGCUAUAUCUGGUGUGUUUGGAAAGUACGAAGGAAUUGAGUGCGUAUUUGGAGAAAAAAGCGUGGCUGCCAGGGUAAUUAAUGCAUCUGUCGUUGAGUGCAUCGCACCGUCCGGAAAAAUGGGUGAAGUUGUGAAGAUCAGCGCUCGUGUGUACAACACAUUAGCGCACAUUGAAGACGAUGUCGACGUUAGCUAUGAGUACAGCUCAGGACCCAUCGUGACUGAUGUUAUACCUUCUAUUGUAUCGCAGACGACGAAAUUAACAAAUGUGACGGUAGUUGGAUCAGGAUUAAACGUGACAGAAUUUAUAGGCUGUCAAUUCUCGAAUCAGCCUAUGCCUCGCUUGUAUCGCGAUGGUGGCGACAGUGUCUGGUGCAGUUUUGAUGCACGUUUCACUGGAGUAUAUGAGUUGACGCUCGCUUUAGUUGGAAACACUCGUCAUCAAAUAGUAACUCAUCACAGUGUUCGUGUGAUCCCAGCGAUUCAGCCGAUUGAUAUCUCACCGCUUCAUUUUGAUGAGAAGGGUGGAACAGCAGCUAUCAUAUCGGCUUUAAACAUCAUCUCUGGUGCGAAGUCUCUUCGGUGUUUGUUUGGCAAUAUAGUGGUAGAUGGAUUGGCUUUAUCAGAAUUCCAAGUACGAUGCAUGACACCGCCAAUUCGACCUGGACGUAUGUCACUCAGAUUAAGUCAGGAUGGCUUCUCUUGGUCAGAUAAAACGCUCGAAAUCGAAGCUUUUGCGAUGCCCAUGCUGUUUGAAGCAUAUCCAAAUCGUACUGCCGCGAUCGGGGGCGCUUCUAUCGUUGUUUACGGAACAAAUCUACGACCAUUCUCGACUAUGAAGUGUGUAUUUGGUGAUAUUAAGACACCGGCGAUCAGUGUUAAUGCAUCGAUCGUGAAAUGUAUUACUCCAACAUUACUCACAGCAGGUACUCUCUCGCUUGGAGUCAGCUUGAAUGGUAUCGAAGUCAGUGGUAACACGGUAGAUGUGGAGUUUUAUGACUUACCAAGCGGACUAUUUAUCCGAUCGUUUAAGGAACUACACGAUGGACGAUGGAGUGCUAGAAUUGAAGGAUCAAAUAUUUCGUCGAUUGAUGAGUAUGAAUGUCUAUUUGACAGCAAACCAUCGACAGGACUAGCCCGAAAUGUUACAUCAUACGGGCUGGACUGUAUUUCGGAUCCACUAACGCAACAGACUCGUCCGAAGAUGCUUACUUUAACUCUACAUGGAGAAAUGCUGUUGCAACAAGAUGUUACCAUGAAUAUUGGAUGCCCAAGCUCAGUUUACGGACUGUUGCCAACAGUGAUGAGACCAGGACAUAGUAAUGUGAUAUUUGUUGCUGGUUUUCGCUUUGAUUCUUCAAUGGAUCUGGCUUGUCAUAUAGGCCAGGAUACCAUUCUAGGUGGCGUAAAGUCGGAGAACACGAUGCAAUGCGCGCUACCAGCCAAAAUACCAGGAAACUAUACACUUGAAAUCACAUGUGCUGCUGGUUCGGAACUACUGGGAGCUUUCCACAUACAGUACGCCAACCCACCUCGUAUUGAGCGCGUUAGACCACAUAUCGUUCCUACCGGAGGAUCAUUUGACGUCGACUUCUUUGGAGCCAAUUUUGCCCGCGAUGACCUUAUUUAUUGCGCGUUCGGCUCUUCAGCAACGCGUGUCCAGGCUUUUUUCAUCUCAGCAUAUCAUUUAAGGUGCUCAACUCGUCGGAAUUGGAUGGCUGGUCAAGUUGAGUUGUCUGUGGUUCUUGAAACUCUAGAAGGACGCACUGAGAGACUAUAUCAAUCCCCUUUCACGUUUGUUGAUAGUAUCCCCGAAACGACUGUAUUGAAACCAGACUUCGGUUCGGCGGCUGGAGGGUAUUCUAUCAACGUUGAGCUGAAUGCAUCGUGGAGUGGCUACGAAAAUCGUAGCUGUAAGUUUGUGGGAGUAGAUGCUGAAUUUGAGGGUGUUCUGGGUACCACUGAUACAGAAUCAUUAGGUUGUCAAGUGCCACGAUUGAAGCCGGGAUCUUACUCGGUGUUGUUCUCACCAAACGGGCGCGAUUUUUUGUCGAUUCGGACAUUGUUUACUGCUCACGUGCCUAUCCAGGUGGAAAAAGUAAAUCCUCCAUUUGCACUAUCAACGCGUAAGAUCGACCUUACCGUUUCUGGUAAGGGUUUCCAGCGCUGGAUGCGUCUGAGAUGUGGCUUUCGCGGUGCGCAGGAGCAAGAUUGGGUGUCAUCAAAUGCUGAAUAUGUUUCAAGGACAAAAGUGAAAUGUGAAGCACCAAACCAAAUGCCUACAACCGGAAGUUUUCAACUUUUGCCGACUACAUCGCUCUUGUUUCCACUAUUAUUGAUACCUUUUGAGUACAAAUCUGAAAUCAUAAUCCACUCCAUAUCCCCGGACAAUGGCAGUACUAGCGGUGGAACAAUUGUGGAUAUAGUUGGUCAAGGAUUUUCGAGAGAUCUCGAUAUGAAGUGCCGCGUUCAGGGAGAAUCCUCAAUCGCAACGUUCGUGAACGCGACCUUGAUUCGCUGCCGAACCCCUGCUUCUCGCUCCAUGACGGUUCCCAUUCACUUUACUAUUGGAGAUCUGAAUGUUCUGGAGGAAUAUUUCAUGUUCACAUAUGUUACAUUACCUGAAAUAAGUGACAUCCAGAAGACAUCGAACGAGUCCGACGGUAACAUAAUGUCUGUCGAUACCAUGAUUGAUCCCAUGCCGCCCCGUAAAUACGAACCUAAGCCAUCGAUCCGUUUUAUCGAGCCUAUGUCAGGUUGGAUUCGAGGUGGCACUGCUGUUGUGGUGCACGGGUUCAGAAUGAUCUUUUCGCAUACUAUAGAAUGCGUUUUCGGAGAUGUUUCAGUAUUCGCAGCAUUUGUGUCGAGUCAAGAGCUCGAGUGUAUCUCUCCUCAUUUCACAAAGCCUGGGCGACACAACUUCAUCGUUCGGUCUGAAGGUGAGCAGUGGGAGAUGGUGACUCCACUCUGGUUUAAUGCAUUUUCGCUGCCAAGUAUUCUUUCCACGGAGCCAAAAUAUGGAGAUGUUACAGGUGGAACAAACGUUGUCGUUAAAGGGAAUUUUUCUAGCUCUAUAAUCCAAGAAAAUGUUGCUCUUUUUUGUGCUUUUGGCGAGACCGGAAUUGCUCCAUCGCGAUUCAUGAGCAAAAAUGAAUUGGAGUGUACUUCGCCACCUGCUGAGGAUACUAUGACCGUCGAAAUGGGGUUAUUCUUCAGUGCAAAAGAUAUUUUACAAGUGCCUUUUUCCUUUCACUACACAGAAAAACCAGAGUUUAUGUCUCUCAGCCCAGCUAUUAUCAGCGAACAUAUUGGUGAAUUCGUGACAAUAUUUGGCGUGGGAUUUCUCGAUUCUGGAGCAGGAUACUGCAGUUACAGCGGUAAUUCGAAAGCUCAUUAUGACAUGAUUUUCGUAAGUGACGAGGAGAUACGCUGCUUACUUCCACGGCUUAAGCCAGGUCUUGAAUCAAUUAGCGUUAGUUUCAAUGGAGAUACUGUCGUGUCAACUGGUCUCUUAUUGACCAUUAAGGCCAAACCAACGCUGCUCAGUAUGACUCCGCAGUUUGAUAGUGUCUAUGGUGGCGCUGUAGUAGAAUUCAGGGGUCUGAAUCUGUUUUUUGCGGAAUCACUUCGUUGUUUAUUCGGAACGUUAUGGUCUGAUGCUGCGCUAUAUAGCGGUAAGAUAACGUGUGCUGUGCCGCCAUCAAUGUCUCUUUCUAGUUCUUCCCGGGUAAGGGUUUCGGUGGUUAGUGGUGCUGAAGACUAUGCUACAGAGAAGUUUGAGUUGGUAUACACACUAACACCGCAAAUUGAAUCGAUCGAGAUUAUCCCAGAUAUUGGUAGAGGUUUCCAACGAAUUCAACUUUGUGGAGCCUUCCCAAACAUCUCGUCUCCCCAUUUCUUAAGACUGGACACAUUUGACGAGAGUACAGAGGAAAAUUAUAUUGUUAUGGGGAGUGCUGGGGAAAUUCUGAAUAGUUCAUGCCAAGUGUUUAAAGCUGGACCGACCGCAGAACGUUGCUCGUCAGGGUGUGAUGCCUUACUGUCUGUUAACAACCAAACCUUUAUACACACAGGAAAGCAUGUCAAGUUGACUCCGAUGAUUCGAAUUUUGAGGAUAACGCCAAUGUAUGGAUCAUUCCGCGGCGAUGAGAUUAUCCGGAUUGAAGGCAGGAACUGGAAUCCUUUGGUUCGAUUGUACUGCGUAUUUGAUGGAAGUCUUCAGACGAUUGUUACCGUGCUAAACUCUAAGUACGCAGAAUGCGAAACGAAUUCGCAUUCCGCUGGAUCAGUAGCGCUGAAGAUUGUGGUAGUGGAGGAAUCAGGAGCUGCCCAUAUCGUUAGAGUGUUCAAUUUCACGUUUGUUGGUGCUAUGGAAAUUGCGAAUGCUGCUCCACUGAUUGGUCUAACUCGUGGCGGAUCUCAAGUUCAUGUUCGUGGUAAGGGAUUCGUUAAUCGUCAUGAACUUCGGUGUCGAUUUGGGGAGAUAUCUGUACCUGCGCACUACGUGAAUAAUUCCUACGUUACGUGCGUCAGUCCUCCCGUGUUCAAGGCAGCGAGCAAAGUACCAUUUUCCGUCUCGUUAGGGCAAAUUUCUACCUCCAAUACUAACGACGCGAAAGUGACAUUCUCCUAUAUCAACACACCGUUAAUUCAAAGUAUCGAGCCUUCAAGUGGUAUGUACAACAAAAACCACUCUGUCAAGAUCUUUGGCACCGGAUUCGUUCAAAAAAUGACAACAGCAUGCCGCUUUGGAAUGGAUGCUGUAAACAUUCCAGCGACGACUGUUGCAAGUAAUGAACUUACGUGCAUGGUGAUAAUCAAUUCAACCGGACAUCAAAAGUCCAGAAUGCUUCCGAUUGGCUUAAGCAUAAGUGGAGGGACAUAUUUCGAGACUGGCUUCAGCUUCACUGUUUUUGGGCCGGUGGUAUUGACUGGAGCUGUUCCAAAUGCGAUAAUUCCGACCCAAACAGAUCGAAUCAAGCUUGAAUGUCUGGACGUGUUCCCAUCACGUGAUUGGCAGUGCAGAUUCGACAGUCUCAACGUGACUACAAUUGGUAGAUUUGUGUCUAGAACAACGGUAUCAUGUCUGACGCCACCAGCACGACUACUUAAAUCAAGGACACUGGUUGUGAGACUACUUAAUGCUGGUAUCGAGUAUUCGAUAAACGCUGUCGAGGUAGAGAUACUUCAACCACCGGAGAUAUUUGACUACACUCCAAAGUCCAGAGGAGUGUACAUGUCUUCGGCUCCUGGUGAAGAUAUCGUUGACUACGUGACUAUCACGGGAAAGAACUUUGUACCAUUCCGACGUAUUGAUUGUCGAUUUGGGUCUCUGUGUUCUCAAGGAACCUUUAUAAGUUCUACUCAAAUUCGAUGCCGGAUUCCAAUGUCAACUACUCCAAGACGUGUAUCACUGGCCGUUUCGUUCAAUGAGGUUGAUUUAUCGCCUGCAUCAGAGUUUUUCGAGUACCUAAUGGAUUUCAUGAUUGAAAGCAUUUCUCCUAUCAAUGGAGCGAUAUCAGGAGGCACUGUAGUACACAUUUACGGUGGCGAGUUUUCGAUGAACGAAACAAUUGUGUGUAGUUUUGGAGACUAUAACAGCGAUCAGUAUGCUAUAGUGAGUUCAUCAACAGAAAUCAUCUGCACUAGUCCCAGCGUCUUGAAAAUUGGCAAUAUUGAUGUUGUUAUUUGGUCGGUAACGCGGCGAUUGCGUGGAACUCUUUCGAAUGCCUUCACGUACACGAAAGAACCAGUGGUAUUGAUGGUGUCACCAACGGAAGCAAUCGAAAAAACAGAAACGCUGUUUAAUGUUUAUGGUCGUGGUUUUGUGCGUUCGCCGCUGCUUGGGUGUACAUUUAGUGGAGAUUCUGAUAACACCGGACAAUUAGUACAUGCGAUCUGGGUAUCCUCCACGCAUAUUAAAUGCUACUCUCCCCCAGCAAACAUAUCGGUCGGGGACAUUCAAAUUGGUUUGACCAACAACGGCGUUGACUUUGUGUAUGCAAGCAGCUCAGCGAUAAUUCAUUUCCGUACGAAGUUUGACGUAUCCGAAAUAUUUCCCUCUGCUGGAAGUACCGAAGGUGGGACAGCAGUUUAUAUUAGUGGAAAGCAUUUCGAUAAUGCCUACAGAUGCUGGUGUCGAUUCGGUAACUAUACGGAUCCUGUCGAGGCAACAAUUGUGAGUGACGAGGAAUUGAUAUGCAUCACCCCACCCUUCGCGUUUAUUACUGGAGAAGUUGUUGUCUAUCUCUCAGUCAAUGGCCGCGAUUUUGUCUCAACGAAGCAGACGUUCAGCUACCAUGUAAAGCCACAAAUCUUUAAGAUAUCUCCUACAAGGGGCUCCAUGGAUGCGUCGACUCUGGUCACUGUCACCGGUGAGGGAUUUUAUUCUGAAUCUCCUUUGUGCAAAUUUGGAGAAACUAUUGUUCAGGCGUACGUGGAGUCAGACUCGGAGCUACAGUGCGUCGCACCCACCAAUCGCUUCGCUGAAGCAGUAUCCGUUGAGGUAUCCCUGAAUGAUGGCGUGGACUUUACCCAAAAUGGUGUGCUGUAUACAUACGUGCUAUCUCCACGAAUCCGUCAGAUCACUCCUGUGUCUGGUCCAGCGACUGGUGGAACGUUGAUGCAAAUCACAGGCCUUAACCUGUAUUCUUCAAGGCUUACGCAAUGCUGCUUUGGAGAUCGAUAUCACUGUACUCAGGGGUGGCUGUUAAACGCUACUGUUAUUGAGUGCAUAACCCCACCUUCCCCCGCUAAACUUUCAGUGACUAGAGUUGGUUCACAGCGACUUCCAAUUCUCUUGGCUUUGAAUGGCCAGGACUUUGUCACGCUCAAAAUGCAGUUUGAAUACGUUCUUGACGCCAUAAUUGAAGAUGUUUCACCAACAUUUGGUGACAUUGAUGGCGGAACGAUGAUAUUUCUGCACGGUCGUUACUUUCGCUACUCUACUGGAUUGGAAUGUCGCUUUGACAACAUCCGAACUUUUGCAACGUAUUGGAAUGACUCAACAAUAUCGUGUGAGGCCCCACCUCACCCGAUAGGAAAUACAAGUCUAUCGUUUUCACUGAACGGACAGGAUUUUACGUUAGCGGCGUCAAGUUUUACGUAUCUUCGCCUCCCAUCGGUAUAUACAGUAACACCCAGUACUGGACCUUUGGCUGGAGGUUAUUCAAUUUGCAUUAAUGGGGCUCUGUUCAUGAGCACUACAAAAACAAUUUGUCAGUUCAUACAAGAUGACGAGACUUUUAGCGAGACGAUUGCCAAUUAUGAAUCACCCGCGGGAGUUAGUUGUAUCGUUCCGCCUGGCAAACAUUCUGGAAGAGGGUUGAUUUCACUAUUUGUGAAUGGAAUAUCGGCUGCUCGAUUACAGAAUAUGGAGUUUUUGUAUUACGACGAUGUUGUCCUGCAUAGAUUGGAGCCGUGGUUGUGCGAUAGUAGUGGCGGAUGCAACCUCGUGAUAUUUGGUGCCAACUUCAGACGAGAUGCAGAGUUCGAGUGUUGCUUCGGUAGUUCUGAACUGAAAUCAACAUGCGCUCGUGCAGAAUUCUUAAGCGAUACCAGACUGAAUUGCAUUUCCCCAUCCUUAAAUCGCGUGGGCUCCGUCGAAGUGAGUAUCAGAUCAUACGGCGUGGAGGUUUCAAGCAGAUCACUGCUACUGGAAGUACACCACCCAAUCGUAAUGGAUAAGGUCUACCCCGUAACGGGAACAUAUCGUGGCGGAACCAAAGUAAUUAUCACUGGGUGGCACUUCAUGUUCACACCUCAGCUUUCCUGCUGCUUCGAUGAUACUCAAGUUCCAGCCACAUUUGUCAACUCAUCGAUGAUAGAGUGUUCCACGCCUUAUGUUGGGAUAAAGUCAACAUCGGUGAGAGUCAGCAUGAAUGGCCAAGAUUGUUUGAAUGGUGGUGCUGUCCAGACAUUUACUUUCCAGCUUCCACCUUCAAUUCUUCAAGUAACUCCCAAUAGUGGUACACGAUUGGGUGGAACGACAGUGCUUGUGCACGGAGAAAACUUCAAAGUUAACGAAUCGACCUGCUACUUCGGCUCUACUCCGGCCACUGUCUCUGAGGUGCUGUCUGCCACUCAGAUGAAGUGCACAAUCCCAGCACAGACCAAUCCACAGCGUCUUCAAGUCGUUGUAGCUGACAAUAAUCUGGAUUACUCUACGAAUCCCGUAUUUUUCACUUAUUCUGCUGCAGAAGAAGUGAAGUCUGUGUCACCAGUGCGUAUGCCUUCAAUAAAAGGCGGCAGAAUUACUGUUAUCACCGAGAAUGCACGUAACAGCGCCAAUCUGAGCUGUUUCUUCGACCACGUAGCGGUUCCUGCAAUCUACGAAUCGUCAUCUAAAGUCCACUGUUCAACUCCAUCUCUGACACCAGGAUUCUUCAAUCUGUACGUUUCAAAUGACGGUAAGCUGAAGUCCCAGAGUUUCGGCAUUAUAGAGCUUGUGAAGCCUCCACUUAUUGCUUCAGUCGACCCACUUAUCGGCGACAUGGAAGGUGGAGAACUAGUUUCUUUCGUGGGAUCUCGACUGAACACCGUAUCACACUGUCGCUUUGGUAAUGUAUACGCGUCAGCCUAUGUGGUGAGCCCCAAUCUGCUCCAGUGCGAGUCACCAAGUCAAGCAACUUUUGGUAACGUUGUUGUCAAAUUAUUGGAUCACGGAGCUGAAAUUCCUUCUCAAGAGAUUCGUUUUACGUACCGAACGCCGGAACAAGCUACCAAACGUAGACAACUCUUGAUGAAGGAUAAAAAGAAGUUACUUCCUAUCCCGAUGAUCUUGUCAAUUGAUCCGCCUGAAGCACCUAUUAUCGGAGGAACACUAAUUACUGUACGCGGUCUAUACUUCUCUAACUCUUUGGAGAUCGCUUGUCGUUUUGGAUCUGUUGUCGUUGGAGCAAGGUAUCAUUCUUCUGAACAAGUUGUGUGUACAACACCUCGGCUCCAACCUAAUCAAUAUGCUUUCCAGGUUACGAAUGACGGUAAAGUGUUUUCAAAUAGUCCGACUAGCAUUUUGGUGUACACUGACGCGUUUGUCGAGUACAUAUCUCCCACACAUGGACCUCAAACGGGUGGAACCGCAGUGACAGUAUUUGGAAUGCACUUUCGAAAAGGUUCACACCUAAGGUGCAAAUUUGGAGACCUCGAAGCAGUCCAAGUGGAGAAGUAUGUGUCAUCAACAGAAGUAGUUUGCUUCUCUCCACCUCAGCGUGACUUGACGACCGUUGUACGCGUUGCAGUGACGAAUAACAACUCCACCUUCACACCCAAUCCGGUGUUUUUCACUUACACUACAACUGCAGAUUUAGUAUCGAUUACACCGAAGUUUGGCGGAAUCUCUGGGGGCACCGAGCUGUUGAUUCGAUGGUACAAUCUCGAAAUUAACUAUGACGGUGUUGUUACUUGUCGAAUUGGGGGUAUCAAUACUAUCGGACAAGUCUUGGCAUCAAAUGUGGUGAAAUGUGUCACACCCACCGUCAAACAACCUGGUAAACAACUCGCACAAGUGAGUAUCAAUGGACUGUCGUCCGAAGAAAUUGGCCAAGGUUUUGAGGAAUCAGUUUUCACAACACCAAGCUUGUACUUUGAAUUUGUCGAGGACAUUGUGAUUUACGAAUUGAUUCCCGAUUUGGGGCCAAGCAUUGAUGCGAACACAGUAAUGACAGUUCGAGGAAGGUGGUUCAUGAACUCAGUUGAUCUGGCAUGCAUCUUCCGCUCAGUAAAGGUUCCUGCUACGUUUAUCAAUCCCACUAUGAUUUCCUGUGCGGUACCACGAGACUCCCCUGGGAAAGUGACUAUCCGUGUCACAAACAAUGGAAUGGAUGCAUCAACCAGCUCCGCUUCAUAUUUGUAUGUUAAGGAUAUGUCGGUAACACGAUUAUUACCCUCAAAAGGAUUGAAAGAGGGAGGAACUACCGUGUUUUUCCAAGGUAGAAACUUUGUGAACCACUCACUUUUAGCGUGUCGGUUUGGUGAAAUCCUAAGUCCUGCCACAUACCUCUCCAACUCUGUCGCUGUUUGUGUUGCUCCACGACAAUUGAUUGAUUUGAGAAGCUCAAAUGGUACUGUUUCGGUGGAAUUGACGAGCAACCAGGUGGAUUUUACAGACAGUGGUCUAAAGUACACGUAUUUGCAAAAAUGUCCAAGCUCACAAUUCUGCACUAACGGAAACAUCCAAGCGUGUCCCAAUGGAACGAUUUGUGACUCGCACGGCAGUACAAACUUCUCACUUUGUGCUCCUGGAACUUUCCAACCAAGACAAAACCAGGUGACGAGUUUACCGUGUCCGGUUGGAUAUUUCUGUCCAGAUCACGGAAUGUCAAAGCCUUUGCUGUGUCGCGCUGGAAUGGUUUGUGAUGAACACGGACUGCGCACACCGGUAAAGGCGUGUCCUUCGGGUCAUUAUUGUCGAAAAGGGACAAAAACGGCAGAUAUCCACGACUUCACCACAAAUUCCGAGUACUCGAUUGACAAGGAGACACAACUCGCAACUUUUGUGGAGACUUCUCGAGCGUGGGCAUUGAUCCCUCGCGUUGCUCCUGCUAUCGAAAGCCGUCGUAUCGAACAUCCUCCAAGUUUGAGUAACUGCGACUUUCGACUAUGUGUGGAAAAUACACAUAAUCAAGAAUCCACCAGCACAGAUCUUCUUGCUGAACGACCCUAUUCGUGUCCAAUUGGAACUUUUUGUCGACGUGGUGUCGCUGUCCAGCAAUUACAGGCGAAUAAUUACAGCGCGCCACAGAAAUGUUACCCUGGUUUCUUCUGUCCGCGUGGAUCGUCCACUCCAGAAGGCAAGGGUCCGUGUCCAACGGGUCAUUAUUGUUUGAAUGACGUCGAUGCUAUUGUGUGUCCUGCUGGUCAAUACUGUCCCGGAGUCGGGAAUCUUCGACCGAGAGAGUGCUACCCCGGAACGUACAAUCCUUUUCCAAAGCAGUCGAAUUGUACAUUAUGUCCGACUGGCCAUGUGUGUCCUCAACCGAAGAUGUUGGAACCAGUAUUAUGUCCUGCUGGGUUUGUCUGUAUUUCUACUGGUCUGGCUGCACCAGUACUGCUCUGUCCCGCAGGAUAUAUCUGUCGGGAGGGCACACGAACGCUUGAUCCGUCCGAUACCAAUCCAUUCCGCCCAAUGCCCUGUCCAAAGGGGACUUAUUGUCUUGGUGGAGUGGCUCAUAACACUACAAUUGAUUGGAUUCCCAGUCGACCGGAGGGUGCUGUAGCUCCUCAAGUUUGUACCGAAGGCACGUAUUGUGAAGAAGCGACUCCGACUCUUUCUGGUACUGGUGUCUGCUAUGCUGGCCACUAUUGUCCUCCUGGUUCGAGUGCUCCGAUACAAGCUCAAGUGGGAAGUUUUGCGGGUACAACUGGGUCCGUAGUCUCGACGAUGUGCUUUCCUGGAACUUACACACCUUUGAAAGCUACUGUCGAAUGUGAGAUAUGUCCUGCUGGUCAUAGCUGUCCCGGAUACGGCACGUACAUUCCAUCGUUAUGUCCUCGCGGCUUCUAUCGAUCACUAGCUGACAGUAUCACGUGUCGAGCUUGUCCGGAAGGUACCUGGUCUCCUAACACGGGCUUAACAGAUAUUUCAUACUGUGAAAUUUGCCCUGCUGGACGGGUAUGUGGUAGUUCGGGUAUGAUCACAAUGGCUUCAAGUUUGCCUUGUGCUGCAGGGUAUGUAUGUGGUGAGGGAACAAACAGGCGAGCUCAGUUUGAUCACUUGUGUCCUGCUGGCCACUAUUGCUCUUCUGCAACUCCAAUUAGCCAACAAUACGCUAAUGUAUGCGAAAAAGGUAACAUUUGUGUUCGUGGAACGAAAACAAUCGAGAAAAACAAAAGCAAAUGUCCAGAUGGCAAGUUUUGUCCGCUUGGUACAGCAAACAGUAGUAGUAUCUACAUCAGCUGCCCCAGUGGCACAUGGUCAAGCUCAAAUGAGGACGAACUAGUGGACUGUAGUAUUCGAGCGGUGCCGAUUUGUGAUAAACUACCGGAAAAGCAGUAUUACCCGCAGUUCAGUUAUGAUUUCCAAGGAACUCGAGUGAGUUUCGACUCCACAAGGGAGACCAGUCGCACGGGAGAAGUGGAAGCUGUGAACGUCGUGUACCCAGUGAAUGAAUCCGCUUCUGUGCCGUUCUGGAAAAACGACACGGUAGAUACUAUUCGCGUAUGUCCGCAAAAAAUCGCUCCUGCUGGUGGCGUGUUAUUGACUGUAAUUGGUCGCAAUUUCCAAAAUACUGGUCGUCUUGUGUGUAAAUUUCAACUACCGAAGUCGUCGUUCUUUCAAAUUUCACCGGCGUUCUUCAAAAGCAGCACUAGAGUGACGUGUCGUGCUCCUCCGUUUAUUGGCAAUGAUACUGCAGCGACCGGGACUUCGUUCUCUCAAGCCGUGAAAGUGAGUGUCUCCAACUAUGGUGUUCACUUUUCCACCACUACGGCUAUACUCAACAUCGUUUCAGCCAAACAAGCAGCAGCGUUGAACAUAAAACAACUCAUGACAAGUUGUCUGAAGAGAGUGGAAGCCGAGGAAGGGUUCCGAAACAAUGACAAGGCGUGGUUUGCUCUCACUGGACUCGGAAAGGCUAAAUUGUCGUUUGAUUUCCGUCAUCUUCCUGGCGAUUUAGUCUACGAUGAACACUACAAGAUUGCAAUUUUUGUUAAGAACAGUACCUGUGAAGACCAAAUCUGUGAUUCCCGUGGAGUUGUUCUACCGAGUGGACCUGAUAUUGAGACGUCUCCGUGUCAUCGACCAGUUGAGCUUCCACGUUGGUUCUUAUCGACUGCCGUCAACAAGAAUGACCUGCUUAAUAUUACAUUACUUGCGCUGGAGGAUGUGACUUUCAAAGUGGAAAUUCACGUUAUGUAUGGAUUGUAUGCUUCCGUCGCACCAUUUUUCGUCAAUUCAACAACUGUGAAGCUCAAGACACCGACACGAAGCAACGUUACACAAGGCGUGACAGCCGACACGCGACCUUUAUCGCGCUCUAUUUCGUACGAAGCAAAGCUGGUACCUCGUGACUACACGUUCCUCAUUGCGUACUUCGGUGGGGAUGGGGACUAUACGUCACCACCACUUAAUCUUCCGCCAAAAUACGAAGCGUACGAGAGAGGUCGCGUGCUCUUGUCACACAACGUUAGUAGUACUGCUAAAGUACCGCUUGUGGCUGAUCCUUACAAGGAUGUUGUUACAGACACGUCGUACUGGUUGAUGCCCUACGGAUCAGCGGCAUUGACUCAUGAGAAAGUUGAAAAAUACCGUGAAACGUUUCAAGAAAUGUAUCUGGAUCCGUCAGAUACCACUGGCACGCAGUAUCUGUUCAAGUUUGAUAAGUUGCUGAUGUCGUAUUUACCGUUCUUCUCAAACUGUAUGGAAUACGAUUCGUAUAUCCCUCUAUUCGAUCUCUUUGAAAGUGAUCAAUGUCAGCUACCAGCUAUGACGUCCGAGACUGGAAAAUAUGGGCGUACGUGGUGGCGACGCAAGUUCCCACCACUACCAAAUCAAGACGAUAUUCGAUACGUGGGGCCAUUAGAUGUUGCUCAAGAACCGACCGCCGACAUUUGUAUGAUGAAUCUCCAGUGUCAUUUCGAAGAGGAUUUAGCGACGGCAGAUGUGACUCCGCGUUGGUUUGAACAGUCUAAAGGAACUGUUCUAUACUAUCUGUUGCGUGAACCAGGUACACUGGCAGACUAUUUGCGAGGUGGUCAGUACUACGAUGAGAUUUUGGACGAAUAUGGUUCGGACUAUUUCAUCCCUGUUACGGUUGACAACUCAGCCGCUCAGUCACUGGAAGGAGAUUGCUCGACCUUGUGUUUCCCGCGAACAGUAACCCUUAAUGUUGCGUACUACCAGCUAGACUCUCACGUCAAGCGCAUCAUUAUGGCAACUUUAGUGUACGACAACUACGAUCGAGACUCAUCAAACACUGCGUACACAUUCAGUGUCAAUCUUCAUCCACUCAACUACUUCCAGCUCGUUAUUCAGUUCGCAUUCGAGAAGCAAGUAUUCGUAGGAUUAUUUUUCGUGCUUGGCGGCAUGAUGACUGUCGGUGCGCUUAUUUUCUGGAUUGUGGUGCGUGUUACGUCGCAUCUCCAGUCACCCCCACGUUUCCGAUUCUGGACUGUGUUCGCUUUAAUCGCCCCGCCACCUUCUGUUGGUGUAGCAAUAGCUUCACUUCCUAUUUUCUCAGUGGUCUUCAGCUUUUACUUAUUACUGAACGGUGAUCAAUUCUUCAGUUCAAGUGGCUACUGGCUUAUGGAUAACAUCAUCCGACACUUCCUCGAUACCAAAAUCAAUCCUGAAGAGGUCGCAGAAACUCGAAAGGGACGCAUCGGGGUAUGUUUCCUCUUCUUCGGUCUCUAUCUGAUUGUACUAGGCACUCGUAUCUUCCUUCCUAAGCCUAUCGCGAUCUCCGAAAAGGUCAUGGCUGAGCAGAAUGAUCGUGAUGCCCAGGAGCGCAGCAUCUGGUGGCCUACUCAAUGGAAACGAGCGAAUAUGAUCUUUGCGUCAAUUAUGCUGGGUCUUUUCCUUGUUUUAAUGCUCGAAUUUUCAUUCUGGAGUUCGUUCGGAGAUUACAUGUUCUACGUGAUUGUAGCUCAAGAGAUUAUCAACGCAAUCAUGGAAGGAUGGAUCGAAUCCCAGUUGAAGGAGGCUUUGUUGAUGGCCCCAUUGGUCUCAGCUCUCAGUCUUAUCGGAGGAAUUAUGACGUUCGGAGCCACAGACUUUGGAGAUUUCGUUCUGGGCAAUACGCUCGACUUCGGUAUGAUGAUCUUGAUGCGCGUGUAUGCAGACACAGUCAUCGCAGCGAUCACGGAUUUUGUGAAAGAUAUUGCACGAUAUGUGUGGGGUAAAAUGAAAAUUAUCGGACGUGGUACACUUCUAUUAUUCAGGAGCUUUACGCGUUCAACUGCUGUUGUCGCGGAUACUGAGGCGACGAAAAAGGAGAAGAAUAAAGGCAAGGAAGAAGCUAAAGCUGAAGAGAGUAGUGAGGCGGAGACGGUGGAGCCCAUUAUCGACUUCUACGCAAUGGCGUCCAUGGAGCGACUGGCAUUAUUCUAUCAACCUGUACUGAUCCUCAUCAUGAUGUUCUUCCGGGAGGAAGUCAUGCUUCCGAUCUUGUACAAUAUUCGUGAGAAGGAUAUGGAAAUUUAUCUCUGGUACUCGCUGAUUAUCUUGCUAUUCCAACUCGUGACGGAGGUGUUUGUGUUGAACGUAGUCGAGAUUUUCCAGGGCUGGAAACUAUACGAUUACCUCGUCUACUGCCGAUACCGCUUCUUGCAACGCGAGAAACGCUGGAAAGGUAUGGAGCCGAAUUUGGACGAAUGUAUCGACGAAGGACUACGUACUCUGGACCAAAUGUGCUUUUCAUCGCAGUUCUUCAUGAUGUGCACUAUUCACAUCACUGGAAUUGUCUUCUUCGUGGUGGGUAUUGAGAUCAUGGCCCGAGCAAGCUAUAACCUCUUUGGUGACCCCGCUAUGCCACUACUGCUCGCAUUCGUGCUCGCAGUUUCCGUUUUCGUACGUGCGCUGGUGAUGUUCCUAGCUGUACGCUUUGAGAUCUGGAAAAUCAAACACGAGAACACUGCUUGGCUAGCAGCACCUGAUGAAGAUGAUGAGUUUGGUGUGCCACGUUGGGGUGAGUUGGAGAAAAUCAAAGGAGCUUCACACGAAGCCUACAUGAUGAACCAACGCAUCACAUCCGAUACAUUCCGUAACAAGUUCCUAAACUACAAUCGCUCAUGGCUAGUGAACCAGUUGCCAUCAAUCCUCACUCCACGUACCUUACGUCGUGCAAGGCCAUAUCUGUUGGCUCAAUUCGCCAAGAUCCUCGACAGUCUGAACCCUCAAGUCUCGGACGAUGAAGAAGACGACGACGGUCGUCCUCGCUUUGGCCCAGUGACGUUAUCUGCACCUUCACGCACAAUUAUCCGCCUCUGGUUAGCUCGUGCGCGACGUAUUCUGCGUCUAAAGACCGUCGUGCAGCCUCUGAUUCAAGCAGCUCGUAAGAGUGAGUGCGAAAUGUGCCUCUCUCGUCGCCAGCUUCAAGUCGAAAUGUCCAUUCCGAUCGAAGUACUUGGUGACAAGUUUGACAGUCAAAACCUUGCUGAAGAGUUCGAUGCUGCAGCCUGGAAAGAGUUCUUUACCAAGCACCAGAAGUUUAAAACGCUCUGUCUUAACUGCAUCGUUCACCUCAAAACCACCGGUCAGCUUGGAGAUCUGCGUGGUAUCGGCCGGGGUGAUGAUGGCGUGGGAGACCAAGGCCUGACUGCUACUCCGUUGAACGCUGCGUCUUAUGCUCUGCUGAAGGAAUGGUAUCGUAAAGCUCAAGAGCGAGUGUUCGGGAAGACUGGAAAGCGUCGUCAACAGCUCGAUGUGAGUGACGACGAAGAGGAAACGAUGCAACAUCACUUCGAAUGGACUCGACAGCCAGUGGCACUCAAUGCUUCGUCUACUGCAUUGGCUCGAAAGUGGCUGCUUGCUGCUCGUCAUAAGCUCCGUGAACCAGGUCGCGCUCGUGAUCAACUGCCGACAAACUUGACUGCAAUUCAUCCGUCCGUAAGAGGUGGAGCCACGCCGGUCCCGAAGCCUGCGAUGAAGAUGGGAGCAGCGGGUGGUGAAGCUGUUAAAGCGUCUAAGAUGCGCCGCAAAUGAGUGAGAUGAAGCCUAUACAGACAAGGAUAACGCAUCUAUAUAUCCAAAAUGCAUUGUUCUAUAACCACUGAGCUUAAGUGACCUUCUUGGCCAAGUUCUUGAAGCCCACACCC